AUGUUGUGCAGAGUCGACAAGUUCGAGAGAAAAGAUUGGAAUUAUAGAGCAAUUUCGUUAACUGUUUCAGCAUCAUUUUAUCGAGAAGAAAUAAAGAAAAGAGAAAUUGAAACACAAUCAAAUUCUUUUACUGUACAGAUACAUAUUUGGGUUGCAUGCUUAAAUUGUAAAGAGAACCCAAUGAACACAUGA